AGAUCAAGUUUUGGUUAAAAAUUGGGUACGAAGUGAUGAACCUGCGAGCUUCACAACAACAGAUCGAACAAUUAUAUGAAGCUCAAAGACAGAAUAGUAUUAAACAAAAAUGUCAAGAUACAUAUAACGGAAAUUGGAUUCAAAGUUGGUCUGAUAUUUCCAAUGUCGCUGCCGAAUUUUCUCAUGCAAUCCAAACACUAUAUGAUUGUGCAAGAAAAGGAAAAUUUCCAGUAAAUACUGAAAUAAUGAUUAGGAUCAUAAAAUCCACUGAAUCAUUAUUAUCUAAUACUUUUGAUCGUGACCAAAAUCUUU